AUGAACCUAAGAGAGUUCCGUAUAAACUCCACAGAAGUCAAUCAGACGCUUCCAGAAGGAUGUCUAGGAGCCAACCCCAAUCCCAAAGUCCUCGGAAUUCAAUGGCUCUCAGAGGACGAUAUGAUGAAAAUCACCUGCCGAUCCUCGGAGAAUGCAGCAAUCACAAAACGCACAGUCUCGGAGCAAGUUGCAGCGGUAUAUGACCCACUUGGAUGGCUCACUCCCUUAAUGCUCAAGCCAAAGCUCUUCCUACAAGGACUUUGGAAGCAUAAGAAAGUCAGCGACGGAUCAAGGUCGUCACCAGCGGAAGUUGUCGCCUUUACAGAUGCCAGCAAAAGCGCAAUGGCUACAUGCGUCUAUCUUGUUCAGAACCACAAGGCAAUCUUACUUAUGGCAAAGUCGAAACUGCCCUCACUCAAAACUAAAUCAACCAUUCCAAAACUGGAAAUGAAUGCGCUCAUUAUGGGUACACGCCUAGCCAAUUCGACGUACCAAGCGAUAAUAGAUCGGCUUAACGUUACGGAAAUAACGAUCUUUACGGGCUCGGAAAUCGCCUUGAGUUGGCUUCGAAAUCCACAGCUGAGCACAAACGGAGGAAUACUUGCACGCAAUCGAUCACAGGAAAUUCGGAAACUCGCUGAGCAGCUCCGUCAGGUCAACUUUACAGUCAAAUUCGGAUACGUCAACACGACCGUUAAUCCAGCAGAUUAUGGAACAAGAGGCUUAACAAAAGAGGAGCUCGCCAACAAACAAAUUUGGUGGAAUGGCCCUUCCUUUCUUAAUAACUCAAAAGAUAACUGGCCGUCACGAUACCAACUCGUUCAAGCCAACCACAGCGAAAACGUUUGCAUGGCAGUAAACUCCCCCCAACCGGAACUCGCCGAAACAGUUGACCUCACACGAUAUUCAUCAAUAAGGAAAGCUACCUCAUCAUUUGCAUACGCCCUCAGAUGGCUCGAAAGGAUUAUCAAACGAACUAAUCCAGAUCUACAAGCACACCUACUAGAAAACAUACCAGAGCUUCGCACUCACCACAUGGACGAUUUCAUUAGCGUGUCUGAAUACGACAGCAGCCUAAUGCUUCUCAUUCGGAAUCACCAAAAAGUUCACGUGGAAGGAAAAAUCAAUAUAAGGCGAGACAAGCUUAUUCCUAUGAAAGACCCAAAGAAAAUCGUGCGAUGUCGGGGAAGACUUUGGAAUUCCGACCUUACGAAGGACGCCCAAUUACCUAUCCUCAUCGCUGAAAAGACGCCAUUAGCAUCAUUGAUCAUUGAAGAAGCACAUGGCACAUUCCAUCUCAGUACCGCUCAUACGAUGGCAAAAGUACGAAAAAAAUUCUGGAUUCCACAAUUGAGGAGACAAGUUCAAAAGAUCCUACAAAGAUGCGUCCCGUGCCAAAAGAUGAAUAAUUUAUCCUUCCGAUACCCAGAAAUGUCACACCUCCCUACUCGACGUGUAACGCGCACCAGACCAUUCCAGCAUUUAGGCAUCGGUUACUUCAGUCCGAUUACAACUAAGCAAGCUACGGAAGAACGAGACAAAGCUUACGGAAUAAUCAUCACGUGCACGGUCACUCGACUAAUCCAUCUGGACUGCGUAGGAGACAUGUCAACGGAAAAUCUCCUACAUGACGACUGCGUUACGACGAUUUUCGCCAGGCGAGGAGUCCCAGAGACAAUCACAUCCGACAAUGGCUCCUAUUUCCUACUAGCAAAUCAAAUCUUAAACUACGUUGCCGCACAAGCAACGGACAAAACAGUAGCACAAUUUAUGGUUUCGAAAGGAAUCUUAUGGAAAACAAAUACUCCAUACGCUCCAUGGCAAGGAGCCUUUUAUGAACAAGAUCGAGGGGACCCUUGA